CAGACUGGUCCUGCUCCGGUUUGGUUUCAACUUUCAAAUAGUAAUACCCAAUAAUUACACUGGGACUAGUUUCUUCAGAGAGCGGUUCAUUGUGUUCCAUGGAAAUGUGGCGCAGACUCUCGCUGCUGGUUCUCUGCUGUGCUGUGGGGGGGCUGGAUGCGCUGGAGCCGACAAGCAGCACCGACCCCUCAAGGGAGAAGAUGCUGUUGACCGAAGCAGGGGAGCUGGGUAAACCGGACGCUCCCCCAACGGCUAAAGUGGAGGUCAGUCAGCGGGGAGGGGAGCAGCGGUCCGCGUGGAGAGGCCAGCAGCCCACCGCCGAGCCUCUGGAGGAGGAGCUGGACAACCAGGAGAACAUCAUCAGCCAGCUGCUGGGCGAUUACGACAAAGUAAAGACUGUGUCAUCAGGGUCCGACUGUGUGUGUCGCUGCAUUGUUCGACCAAUCAAACGCUCUGACUGCAGCCGUAUCAGCGACCAGGCAUCACCAUCACAAUACUCUUACUCUGUGGAGACGAUAACCAAGGGAACAGACUGCAAGAAGUGUGUGUGCAUGGCUCCACCUUCAGCUGUCAACCCCUGUGAGGGAGAGUACAGGUUUAAAAAACUACAAGAGGCCAGCAAAGAUGACAUCAAGCUGGCGACUAUCAUUGACUUGUUGGAGGGCUCUCUGUAUGGAAUGGACUUGUUGAAACUCCACUCUGUAACCACCAAGCUGCUGACUAGGGUUGAUAACAUGGAGAAGGGUUUUGCCCGUAAUUUUACUGAGAGAGCAAGAGAGAAAGAACGUGUGAAGGAAAGACCAAAAGAAAAGGACAAAGAGAAGAAAGCCCAGCAGAAAAAAAGGAAAGUUAAUGAUUUGGAGCGUUCAGGACAGAAAAGUGGAGCCGCUGCCAACGGCAACAAGCAGAAGAAUCAGGAAAGUCAGCUAAAAAAUAACCAACAGGAAGAUGGUGUGGAACAACAACAGCCAACCAGGAAUAAGACAGGAACUGAAAAGCCAAUGAAAGAAAAGACGGAGCCAAAGCAGCCAAUCAAAGACAAGAACAGCAUGGUCAUCAGGGGCGUGACCUUUUACAAGGCAGAGGAGGAGAUCUCCAAAGAGGAAGGGAAGGAUGAGAAAGGGAAAGGGAAAAAAACGACUACAAAUGCUUCCGUGGACUUAUCGAUCUCUGAGCCGCCUCCACCUACCAGGACAUUCCCCUCCAAGAGUCCGGGACCUUCCACUACUGUUAGCAUACAACUAGACUCUACACACUCAUCAAGGAGCGUGAGCAGGCCUGCAUCCACCCAGCAACCAACAGCCCCCCAAACUACCACCAAACAAACCACCACUACAACCACACCAGUUCCCACCACCAAACCAGCUGCUGAAUCAACCACUAGCAUACCGCCUACAACUCCAAAAACAACUACAACCAUCAAACCAACGACAGCAUCAACCAAUAAAAUAACACCAACAACUACAAAACCAACUACAGCCGAACCAGUUCCUAUCACCAUCAGACCAACAAUUACCCAACGCAACAAUCAGCAGACCAUCUCACUCUCAGAUACCAAUAUGUCUCCACCCAUCAAUGCGUCCCCCACAGCAAAGUCUCAGCCGGCAUCGAGAAGUCGGCUUACCUGGACGGAGAGCCCUGCUGACCAACCAAAGACCACCAAGAAGCCUUCAGUGUGUAAGGACACAUUAGCCAGCAUCUCUGAACCGGUUCAGCAGAACUCUUACGGCCUCAGUGAUGGAGCCUGGAUGAAAGAUGCUCACGGCCAUGGCAACGUCAUUUACCUUACUAAUGGUGACUAUGGCAACAACCUCCUAGAGUUCCGAGACAUGGAAACCUUCAAGUCAGGUCAGGCGAGUAAUUCUUACAAGCUGCCCUACAGUUUCACUGGAACAGGCCACGUGGUGCUCAAUGGAGCUUUCUACUACAACCGGGCCUUCAGCAGGGACAUCAUCAGAUACGACCUGAGACACAGAUAUGUAGCUGCCUGGACAACACUACAUGAUGCUCUGCUGGAGGAGCAUGCUGUCAGGACAAACUCUGAUGUGCAGUUUGCUGUGGAUGAGUCCGGCCUGUGGCUGCUGUACCCGGCUCUGGACACGGAGGGCUUCCACCAGGAGGUCAUCCUGCUCCUCCACCUGCGCCACCGAGACCUGCAGCCCAUACAGAGCUUCCGCACAGGUCUGCGGCGCGGUCGCUACGGAAACAGCUUCCUGGUCUGCGGCGUGCUUUACGCAGUGAACAGUAUGGAACAUCGCUACGCUAACGUGACCUACGCCUUUGACACACAUACGCUCACACACACCGUGCCGAGCCUGGCAUUCACCAACAUGCACACACACACCUCUCAGGUGGCCUACUGCCCCCUGGACAAGAAACUGUACGCAUGGGACAACGCUCACCAGAUGACCUAUGACCUCGUCUUUGCUUAUUAGCGCUAUGAAAGGACAAGCACCCCUGCAAAUCCAGUAAAGAAAGGACAGUAGAAAUAAGAUAAUACUAUUUAUCAGCGUUUUGUUUCUGAAGGACUGUGGAUCAGUCUGACUGAAUGUGUUUUUUAUAAUGCCCUCAGUGGCUGCUUUGUCACACACACACCUGAGUCAAUAACAAGUAGCGAGAGUAGCAUUUAACUCAGAAAUGAUGUGGAAAUGUUCUUACAUUUGGAAAUAGAGAAAACUCCAGGGACACAUGAAUGAAUGUAUCCAUUGUAUGACAUCUGUGUUCACAUAUUUUUCUUUUUCUCCAAGUGGAAAGUUUUCAGUUUGAAAAUAUGUAUACCUGUCCCUCUGUAUAUUCAGACUGUGAUGGGGACAUCUCUGUGGAGUAUGCACAGCACUCUGUGUCUGUGUCCCAUUCUGUAAGAACAUGUGCAUCCUGAAAUUGUGAACAGUUUAUUUUUCAUGCAUGAUUAUGAGUUUGGAGGAUUUCCCCCAUGUGUACACACUUUGAAUUAACGUUUAAAAACACAAUGGUCAUCAGAGCGUCCUGGCUUUGGUUGCUGUUACGACCCUCUAUGAGUUCAGUGCUUUGCAAUAGGAGUUAUUAGUGUCCUGUUAAGUGGGAUUGAUGAAGUCUGUAAAAAAGUAUAGAUUGUUUCACCUCUUAUGUACGGUGGCCGACUGUGCUGAGAAUAUUUGCUUAAAUAAAGCAAAUAUCGAUUUGAAUAAUGAUUCUACUUGAACAUGUUUCAUCAAAAAUCAGAGUAAUAACUACAUUUUGAGUGUGUAUUGUAUGUGUGCUUAGCGUGUUGCAUGUUCACUCCUGUGCAGUAAUGUUCUCUAAUUAAGGCUCUGCUUGUUCGAAAAGUCUCCAGACAAAGUUGAUUUCAACUGCUUCCCCACAAGUUUGCCUUUUUUUAAUUUAUAAUAAAAUAUUUGAAAAAGAUAAAGGUUUGGUUUAAUGGUUUUGCACAAUUUAAAAAUACACAAACAUAACAGAUAAGAAAUGAUAAACAGUGCAGGAAGAGUCGAAAACCCAUUUUGCUUAUUUAAUGCCUUUCCCUAAACAAUGUUAUAAAUCACCAUUUUAUAUAAAACACAAGAUCAAUAUACAAACAACAGCUUCAAUUCAAUCAAAUGGCAAACUUUGAGAACAACAUAUACUAUACUUAACAUAUAAAUGAAAUAGCACCGAUGUGAACACAGUAUAAAACCAGGUAUCAGUGGUCCAAUGAGUUUUCAGGUAUUUUUUGAAGCAUGCAGCAAGGAUGAAUUUAGUAGUGAGUAUGUAUUGAAGUGCAUAGGAAUGAUCCCUUUACCUGACACAAAUUUGAUAAACGUUGACGUCAUAAACUGUAAG